AUGAAUAUCUUUUUUAAUAAAAAACAAAAGACCCCAUCAGAAUUGGUUAAAUCCAUUAAAGAAAGCCUUGCUUCAAUGGAUAAAAGUGGUCCAAACUCUAAAUCAACCGAAAAGGCAUCAGAAGAAAUUUCAAAAUGUUUACAAGAGAUUAAAAAGAUAUUACAUGGUGAUUCAGAGCAUGAACCAAAUCAAGAGGUUGUUGCUGUAUUAUCAAAUGAAAUAUGUACCAGUGAUUUGGUACAAAUCCUUAUUAAAGAUUUAAACAAACUCGAGUUUGAAGCUAAAAAAGAUGUAGCUCAAAUUUUCAAUAUUUUAUUAAGACAUAAAAAUGGUGCUCGUUCACCAAUUGUAGAAUAUAUCGCUAAAAAUCCAGAAAUUUUAGAUUCAUUAGUUAAAGGUUACGAACAACAGGAUAUUGCAUUAAAUUGUGGUACAAUGCUUAGGGAAUGUAUCAAGCAUGAAUCAUUGGCUAAAAUUUUAAUAUAUUCACCAAACUUUUGGGAGUUCUUUGAAUUUGUUGAAGUUUCAAAUUUUGAUGUUGCUUCUGAUACAUUUGCCACCUUUAAAGAGAUUUUAACAAAACAUAAAACACUUAGCGCUGAAUUUUUAGAAAAGAAUUACGAUCAGGUUUUUGAAAAAUAUACUACUUUAUUAAACUCACAAAAUUAUGUUACAAGAAGACAAUCUAUCAAGGUAAAUAAUAAUAGUAAUAAUAAUAAUAAUAAUAAUAAUAAUAAUAAUAAUAAUAAUAAUAAUAAUAAUAAUAAUAAUGCAGCAAUACUUUUAGGUGAGCUUUUAUUAGAUCGUUCAAAUUUUAAUAUUAUGCCGUUUAUAUAUCAGUUCAGCAGCAAACCUUAAAUUCAUGAUGAACCUUUUAAGAGAUAAAUCAAAGAGUAUUCAAUAUGAAGCAUUCCAUGUUUUCAAAGUUUUUGUUGCUAACCCAAACAAAACAAAACCAAUCCUUGAAAUUUUAACUAAAAACAAAGAGAAAUUAAUAGCUUUCUUAUCACAAUUCCAUAAUGAUAAAGAGGAAGAUCAAUUCAGUGACGAAAAGAAUUUCUUGGUUAAACAAAUUCAAGCUAUCCAAGGAUAA